CACCCUUCAUUCACUGUAAUUUUCCUUUGCCUUCUCUCUUCACAUUUUCUUCUAAUGGAUAGAAACCAAUCCCGGAGGCAAGUUGCUGCAAUGAAACAAUCCCUCUUUGACCAGGGAUUACUGGAUGAACAGUUUAUCCAGCUGGAAGAAUUGCAGGAUGAUGCUAAUCCUAACUUUGUUGAGGAAAUUGUGACUCUUUACUACCGUGAUUCAUCACGGCUUAUCUCAAACAUAGAACAGGCUCUCAAGGAGAGGAACCCUUUGGAUUUCAACAAACUGGACACACUUAUGCAUCAGUUCAAAGGAAGCAGCUCAAGCAUCGGAGCCAAAAAGGUGAAAGCAGAGUGCAAUCUGUUUAGGGAAUAUUGCAGGACAGGAAAUGCAGAAGGAUGCAUGAAGAGCUUCCAACAAUUGAAGAAAGAAUAUGCUUCACUGAGAAAGAAACUUGAAGCUUAUUUUCAGUUGGUGAGGCAAGCUGGGCCGCAAGAAACAGCGUGUCGCUCCAAAUAGAGAGUUAAUGAAAAUUAUAGAUAGGGC